AUGGAAUCACAUGGAAACAAACGGAAAGAAAGGAAAAAAGGCAAGAAAGGCCCUCCGGGUGCACCUGGUCCCCCAGGCCCUCCAGGGCCACAGGGGCCACCAGGUAUUCCUGGCAUCCCAGGUAUCCCUGGGAACAAUGCCAUGGGUCCCUCAGGACCACCCGGACCGCCAGGCCCUGCUGGACCCCCAGGGCCACAGGGACCCCCUGGUCUUCAAGGACCCUCAGGGGGCAGAGUCAGAGAUAGCCAGCCUGCUGUGGUACAUCUCCAAGGCCAGGAAACAACAAUACAGGUCAAAGAAGAAGGCGUACUGAGAAACUGGAAAAUGAUAUCCAUGCAUCACAAGGUGUUCAAGAUGCACUCGCGGUCUGGGGAGCUAGAGGUGCUGGUAGAUGGCACCUACUUCAUCUAUAGUCAGGUAGAAGUUUACUACCUCAACUUCACUGACAUUGCUAGCUACGAGGUGAUGGUGGACAAGACGCCGUUCCUGCGCUGUACACGGAGCAUCGAGACGGGACAGCGCAAGUUCAACACCUGCUACACGGCUGGGGUGUGUCUGCUACGUGCCCGGCAGAAGAUCUCCAUCAGGAUGGUGUACGAGGACACCUCCAUCAGCAUGACCAACCACACCACCUUCCUGGGGAGCAUCCGCCUCGGGGAGGCCCCCCCAGCCAUCCACUCCUGAAGAGGCAGACACAGGCCCACCAAACUGCCUGUCAAACCAGGACCCAACCCUCAACCAGCCCCAACCCUCAACCAGCAUUUCCAUAUAUGGCUUGGGGGAGACUCCACCGACUCUACUCUGCCUCUACAACCAUCACCACCACCUAUCACAUAUCGACCAAUGAGGAGAUGAGGAGGCCCACCUACUCCUGAGAUGACAUGUACAGUACAUACAGUAUCCACCCUCAGCCUGGGCCCCGCCCUCAGGCUACUACUGAGCUGAUAAGCCCCACCCUACCUGAUAUUAGGGAGAUGACCUGGUGUAAUGAUAUUAACCCACUGCCUGUUAUCUCUGAGUGGAAGAUUCUUUCCAAAGAGCGAUGAUGAUGACUCUGAUCUUCGGUGCUGAUGAUGGACAAAUAUGCACCCAACUUGUCAAGCAUUGAGAAAGGGAGGAGUUGCUGAUUUUUGAGGAAGAAAAAUACAUUAGGCUUUACUUUUAGAAUAGUGCAUUUAUAGUGAAUAACUUGGUUUCCCUGAUCAUAACAUGCUUGAGAAACCAAGGUUGACAGGAGUCAGUCACGUCUCCACUAAAAUAACUGUCUGUCUCAUGGCAAAGUACAUAAAACACCUGUUAUACAUUAUUAAACACAUUUAGAAUGCUUGUUUUUAUCUACCAAACCCAACUUAUUUGGAGAAGUGAAAGUGAUUAUUGGUGUGGUAUCAAUCCAUUGAGUCAUAUAGGCCGUUAGGUAACCUGGGUACAUACUGUAAAAGCUUUUGAAUACAAUAUAGAAAUACAAUGUGUGACCGUUCUCUGAUGAAUUGAACAUGUACAGCUGAAGCACAAACAUUUCUCUGUUAGAAUGUGCACUGAUUAAAACAAAUUAUUGAUCUGUAGGUAAAUAUACAGUGGCUUGCGAAAGUCUUCACCA